UAAUCGUCUUCAGUCGUCUGUCUUUGAGCACUUCUAUUCACUUUUACAUUCUCUUUUCUAUUCACUUUUCUAUUCACUUUAAAACCAUUUUCACAGCCAACAACUAAAACUCGUCGUAACCACAUACACGCGAGAUGUUGCGCAAAAAACGACGCUCGUCUGCGUCUGCGGAUAAAGGAGAGACAUCCACCACAACUAACAAGGCAAAGAAGAGCCGCAGCACAGGUCGUCAUCCUAAAGUGGCCAUUCCGGACGUCACUAAUGAAAGUGCAUUUACCAUAUUCCUGAGAGAAGCAGGUGUCACCUUAAAGCGAGGUGGCACAUCCAAUGAGAUCGCUGUCGAUCAAGUCGUCUUCCAGAAAAGGAUAGAGCAACAAAUACGGAAGAGUCCCAAGUACCCUGGAGUUGUUCAGGAGUUUGUCACUGGGUUAGAGAGUCACAUCGAGGACGCAGAUAGUUUUAGGAAUUGCCUCCUGCCGUGUGUCCCACGACUGUCUGACGGAGAUGACAGUUCUGCCAGCUCAUUCCAGGAGAGUCUGCUACGCAUGCUGUUGGCUAUUGAACUUCUGCAGACUUCCAUCAUUAACACCUUGCUUGAAAAACUCCCCGAGUUCAUGCUCGAUGGAACCGGAGAUGGAGGACUCAGCAUUCCACGCAUGAUCAUUAACCAGCUCAAAUGGCUAGACAGGGUUGUGGACAGCAAGGAGUUGGCAGAGAAGCUCAUGGAGCUGGUGUCCGUAGCGCCGGUGGAUGUCGCGCGAGACAUAAUCACCAGUCUGCCCGAGAUACUGGAAGACUCGCAGCACAAUGACAUCGCCAGAGAGCUCAACGAUUUGCUCCAGACCAACACUCAGCUGACCGUUCCCAUCCUGGACGCUCUCUCCAGUCUCAACCUCAGCUCCUCAUUACUGACUGAGGUCCGUGGAGCAGUUAUGGCCACGCUGGCUGCCGUGCAGCUGGAAGACCUGCCCGUGGUUGUCAAGUUCAUCCUGCACUCUGUUUCAGCCUCUGACGCACAUGAGGUGGUGAAUGAUCUUCGUAAGAAGCUGGAGCUGGAGCAGUGUGUUCUCCCUCCAGUGUUGCAGGCCUCUCAGAGUCGCAUGAAGAGCAAAGGAGCAACAGAGGUCACGUCGGCUCCAGGAGCUGGGAACAGCAUUACACUGACACUGGACGGCAUCAAGUCAGCAGUGAGAUUUCAGAAAACUAUUUCAGAGGCUUGGCUCAAGGCAAUCGAGUCUGUGGAUGAAGCUGAGGACCACAAGGUAAUAGAUCUGCUGGUGCUGUUCAUCCUCCACUCCACCAAUGCCAACCUGAGUCGACGAGGAGCAGAGCGAGUGCUGAAGCUUAAAGUGAGGACAGGACUGAUUCAGGAGACUCUGCUGCAGAAGACCUUCAGGGACUAUUCCCAGGUGUUGCGAGGGUAUUUCCCGUCCAUCUUGUCUUUGGCUCAGUGCUUGUUGCGCUCCCAUGACCCCUGUGUGGUCCCUUUUGGAGGAUUCAUGUACCGACUCUCCUUCACUGUGUUUGACUCGUACUGCCAACAAGAGGUGGUGGGCUCUUUAGUGACCCAUGUCUGCAGUGGUGUGGCGGGGGAGGUGGACAUGGCCCUGGAGCUUCUCUGUGACCUGGUCACAGAAAAACCCACAGAAAUGUCUCUUUAUGCCGUCUUUGUGAAGGGGAUUUUGGACUACAUGGACAACCUCACACCCCAGCAGAUACGCAGACUUUUCCACCUCCUGAGCAGACUGGCCUUUGGGCAGCAGCAACAAGGCUCUCACAUUCAGGACGACAUGCACAUCGUGAUCCGUAAGCAGCUCUCCAGCACCGUGCCCAAGUACAAGCGAAUCGGCAUCAUUGGUGCCAUCAGGAUUGUAGGCAGCAUGGGAGCCUUCAGGCUGAAAGUGAAGGACACACAGAAUGAGGCGUUACCUCAGGAGACGUUCAGACAGGUGACGACUCUGUUGGAACUCGUGAGGUCAAGCAGCGAGAGUUCACCCGAGGCCACGGCUCUGUUCUACGAUGAACUCGCCAAUCUAAUCUCCAGCUCCACUCUGGACCCGACGGUGCAGGAACACAUUUCUAAGAGCGUCAUAGACGACUUUCAGAACGACUUUGUGGUGGAUGUUUGCCCUGAAAUAAAAGGGUCCUUCCCUUUACCGGUUCAUUUGAUGUACAACCUGGAAGUACUGGAUGAGAACAGCAUCGCCAUCAACCUGUUGCCUCUGCUGGCGAAAGAUAUUCAGAACAAAGGCGAGCAGCAGAGUCAAAGCAAGAAGGCGCACAAGAGAGUGUCUCCUCUCUGUCUGGCUCCGUUUUUUCGCCUCCUGAGACUGUGUGAGGAGAAGCAGAAUCCUGGAACCCUGGAAAACAUUGAUGGUCUGCUGGGCUGUCCUCUGGUCCUCACAGACAUGGGUGUAGUGGAGAAAAUCGAGAGCCUGUCGAAAGCUGAGAGGGAGUUUCUUUGUAACUUACUCUUUUACACCAUCAACUGGUUCAGAGAGACUGUAAAUGCAUUUUGUGGGCAAAAAGAAACUGAGUUGAAGAUGAAGGUGAUGACCCGACUGCAGAACAUCACGUACCUUCAGACGCUGCUGGAGAGGGUGCUGGCCGGAACGCCUGGUUUUCUUCCACCUGUUGCUAACUUUGAUGGAGACAGCGCAGAGGGAGCAAUACUCGUUAGUUCCACUGCUCCUGUGAACAAGGCAAAGAAAGAUGGUACAGGAAAGAAGAGGAAGGCAGCCGGUAAGAGCUCCUUAGACAGCAGCUCCCUGCACGAUGAGACGACUGAGGCAGAUGAGACUCAGCAGGAGCAGCCCGAGAAGGAGAAGGAGAAGGAGAUCUUACACGGAGUCAGUCUGGUGUCCUACAGACAGUUUUUCAGGGAGCUGGACGUGGAGGUGCUGAGUGUGCUGCAGUGUGGCCUCCUGUCUCGCUCACUGUUGGACUCUGAGCUCCACACCAAAGUGCAAGAGGAAGUCCUGCUGGGUCCGGCCGAGCUCGUCCUUCUGCUGGAGGACAUGCUUCGCAAACUGGAGUUCAGUCUCACCUCUGCUCCUGUCAAGAGAGCGCCGUUCCUCAAGGCAAGAGCCGAUAAAAGCGCUGGUUUCUCCCAUCUGCAGCAGAGGAGCGCCAAGGACAUCGCUACCUUCUGUGUCCAGCUGUUACCUGCGCUCUGCUCACACUUGGAGAACUGCCACAACCACUUUCAGACUCUGCUGACGGACAACAACGGUGUGAUGGAUGGACCGGCCACAGACGUGCAGGAGCAACAGUUGAUGACAUCUUGCUAUCAGCUGCUCCUGCGGGUUCUGAACACCACCUUCAGCUGGUCUGGAUUCAGUUUGCCAGGUCAGAGAAGUUUACUGAAGAAAGCUCUGGGAGUUGUCGCUGAACGACUCGAGGGACAGUCCGAGUUGAUCCUGGAGAAGCUCGUUAAACACUGCUUCAAGUACCUGCUCAACUUCAGCAGCACGAUGCCGAGUCUCAGCACCGCUCUGUGUCUCACCCGGCUUCUGUCCACCGUGUCGGAGAAAGGAGGAAACCCCGCUGCCUUCCGAGAGCAAACCGCUUCACUUGUGAAACGUUUCCUGAGUCAAGACUGGGUGACGGCCAGUGGAGAGAAGGAACGAGGGAGCAAAUUCAAUGAAACACUUCACACUCUUCUAAGCAUCUACCUAGAAAAUGUCGAUGACGUUCUAACGGCCGUGGAGGAAAUAGCUGAAAAUCAAGUCUCUGAGCUCGUUAAUGCAUCAAAAGACGAGGGCUCGUCAUCGUGGCCCACUCUCAACAGGCAAACAUUCCUGGUCUUCUAUAAAGUGAUGAUGGCAGAGCUGGAAAAAGCUGUCAAGAAGAUUCCUGCGAGCAAAAUGAGUGACAACACUGAGACGCAGAGUGAGAAGCUGCUGACAUGGAACCUAGCUGUCAGAGAUUUUAACAUUCUGGUCAACCUAGUGAAGGUGUUUGAUUCCAGACCAGUUCUCAACGUGUGCCUAAAGUAUGGCCGUCUUUUCUUGGAGUCUUUCCUGAAAUUGGGGAUGCCGCUGCUGGACUACAGUUUCAAAAAGCACAAGGGGGAAGUCCACAACCUCCUAAAGACCUUCCAGCUCAGCACCAGGCAGCUCCAUCACAUGUGUGGGCACUCAAAGAUUCGACAAGACAUGAGUCUGACCAACCAUGUGCCGGCCUUGAAGAAGAGCCUGGAGCAGUUUCUGUACAGAGUGAAGGCCACGCUCACACUCAACAACUGUCAGGAGGCAUUUUGGAUCGGCACUUUGAAAAACCGCAACCUGAAGGGUGAAGAGAUCCUUUCACAGAGGUCACAGGACAGUGACGACGAUGACGAUGACGAGGAGGAGCAGGGUCCAGCGCAGCCUGCACAGGCGAAGGCUGAAGCCAAGAUAAGUGACUCUGAGGAGAGUACGAAGAUAAACGGAGUGAACGAUGUGGAUGAAGAAGAUCUCACAGAAGACUCUGAGUAACGCGCUGAAGCACAUGUACAUAACAACACAGUUAGCUGUUGGCUUUAAAUCUACAGUUUAUUAUUAUAUUUUGAAGUUUGGAAUGUUUGUAUGUCUUAUUGAUGUUUUCAGAAUGUAUUGAAUAUUGCUGCGCGUAGUAAAUAAAAUCACAUCUGGCAAAAACACCACAUGCUCAUUAAAGAAAUGAAGGGAUGAGUUGUACUUUCAUGUUUCCCUCUCUGUUGGAAGAUAAAAUAACACAGUAAAUGGAAGUUUUCAAAUCAUGGAAUGUAAAGAGUGUGAGAUCUAGA